GCCAUCAUUCCACAUCUAAACGUUGACAAAUAAAUUACCCGCGGAAUGUGCUCCUCAUCGCAAAUAAUCUCCAUAUUUUUAUUCGUGGUGUUUCUCGUUUCGACAUGUAGUGCAAGCUGUAACGAAACGGAGUCAUCGCUGUCGCACUGUGAAGCAGAUUCUCGGCAAAAACGAUUUCUAUCGUUUCCCGUCAACGGGGGACUGCUGAAAGUGAUUUUCGGUAUGGCCCUUCCGGUCGCUUUCAAUCACAAAACCAAGAGAAGCUUGAACGCGGCCAUGAAUUUGCAAGGCAACUAUCGAAUCCUGCAAAACAUUAUUUGGCCGGUCCCAGAGGACAUUUUCACGAACCGGUUGAACUCCGACUUCAAAGACAGUAGCCGACUGCAGUUGUAUCGCGUAUUGGAACAUAUCUUGGACACUCAAGGAAAAAACGGACGAAACUGCAUAAUGAGGACAAUUUGUGAUCUGGCUGAUACACCGCUGACGCAUAAUGGAAUGGUUGGGGAACUGAUUGAUUUGAUAUUUACACCAAGUGAAACAGAUGAUGUUGAAGAAGAGUAUCGUACGGCCCGGAAGUAUGGAAUGAAUGGAGUAAAUUGCUCAGCAGUGUACAAAGAAUGUCCAUAUGGACAUGGUCUGCUUGAUGCAUUUAGUACUAUUGUGUCGCCUCUAUCAAAUAUAGUAUUCAAAUAGUAUAUGAAUUUAGAUUGAACAGCAGAAAAAAAAAACAUGGAAACGAA